GUCGGCCACAGCCACGAGUCACCUGGUGGCAGGAAAACGCUCUGUUAGACGAAAGCUUCGAGCUAGUCGGCACAAAGCGCGUACGCAACGUGCUGCAUCUGAAGAAGCUCGAGCGCAAGCAUCUCCACGCAGUGCUCACCUGUCAAGCAUCCAACAACAACAUGGUCGCGCCCAUAUCCAGCUCCGUGUCACUCGACAUGAAUCUGAGACCACUGUGGGCGAGGCUGCAGGGCGAGAAUCGGCCAUUGAGCGCAGGAAUGACUUACGGAAUAGGAUGCGAAGUUGUCGGUGCCAAGCCAACCCCAACGAUCGAAUGGACUAAAGCAGGCGUUGCGCUCAAAAAUGCUCGGCAAACGGUAAGCCCCGACGGCAACACAACGACGAGUACGCUGACUUUUGUGCCGACAAUUGAAGAUGCCGGUAAAAUACUAUCCUGCCGUGGCAGCGUACCCGUAAUACCAGACUCCGAGUUGGAGGACAGCUGGAAACUUGACAUACAUCAUGCGCCGGUAAUCACGUUGGAGCUGGGUAGCAACCUCAAUGCUAGCGCAAUACGCGAGGGCCUCGACGUUUACUUUGAAUGCAAUAUCAAGUCCAAUCCGUGGGUCUACAAGGUCGCUUGGAAGCAUAACGGUCAACCGCUGUAUCAUAACGUGAACACCGGCACGAUAGUCAGCAAUCAGAGCCUGGUGCUGCAGAACGUAUCGCGAAACCGAGCCGGUGUUUACACGUGCGUUGGUAGCAAUCAGGAAGGUGACGGCGAGAGCAAUCAACUGAAUCUCGACAUUAAAUUCGCACCGGUGUGUCGCCUGGGCCAGACCAAGGUAUUCGGCGUCGCCCGCGGCGAGACGGUGCACAUCACUUGCGAGCUCGAGGCCAAUCCGCGCGACGUUAUCUUUGCUUGGAGAUUCAACAAUACUAUGGAAGCCAUCGACAUACCGGCCAAACUGAUAGCCAGCGAAGCCAGCCGCUCGACCGUCAGCUACACGCCCGUCACCGAUUUGGAUUACGGCACUUUGCUCUGCUCCGGAACCAACGAACAGGGCGCACAGACUGAUCCUUGCGUCUUCCUCGUUGUGCCCGCUGGUCGUCCGGAUACACCACACAACUGCAGCAUACAAAACACAACGUCCGAGGCUCUACACGUCGAGUGUAUCGAGAGCUUCGACGGAGGAUUGUCGCAAAGGUUUACUCUGCUGGUCGAGCAGGAGUCCGCCAUUUCGCCCAAUCAGUUGCAACAAGCCGCACCGGGAAAAUCUUUCACCAAUUUGGUGUACAAUCUCACGAACAAAGUUCCGGCGUUCAGCAUAAGUGGUCUCGAUCCGAACUCAACUUAUCAAUUGACGCUGUACGCAAGCAACGCCAAGGGACGUAGCGAGCCAGUAGUUAUGAGAACUACGACACUGACGCAACCGGAACGGCGCACAGGUGAAAAAUCGCAUCGUCCACCGUCGCCGGAAAACUGCACCAUAAUCGAGGAGAGCUUGACCACUGUUCGUGUGAGCUGCGUCGAGAGCGACUACGUCGACACCAAGAGCGCCAUGUACGUGCUGCAGGUCUUUGACGCCGAGACCCGGCGACUUUUGGCCUCGGCCACUAGCAUGACCCCCAACGUCCUCGAGGUCACAGAUUUACCAGCCGAGCGCGGUAAUGCCGGACUGACGCUCUAUCUGCGACUGAUGACUGCUCACGCGACGAGCGACGCCACGGUUUUGCGCAGCCAGCAACCGCUGACUGAUGGCAAUAAUCCUGAACAUCAGAUAUUUCCAGCUUUAUCUCCGGUCAUCUUGUCACUGUCGGGGCCUCUUCUCGGUGUUAUUGUCGGCGCUGCAGCGGGUCUCGUUAUUGUCAUUUUCAUGAUCAUUUUGGCGGUUAAGCUGAGAUAUCGACAUCGGCCUUCGGACGACAAGGACUCGCAACACGACGACGGCGGCAUGGCCACGCUUACUGCGCCCAACGACAAGACCGCCUCGCUGCCGCUAAACAGCGACAGCAACGAUAGUUUCGAGAAGGAUCCUGAUAUUAUACCUCACGCUACAGACAAUUCAUACGCGGAACUGUGCAAAGGUCCAGGACCACGAUACGUACUUCCACAUCAACAAACGUCAUCUCGCCUCAACCCUAUUGGUAUCAUGAACAAUGCCUCAAAGAUGCAGUAUGCCGACCUGACACUGAGGAUCAAUCGCCGCGUACCGCCCAACUGUUAUCAGCCUAUACCCAUGCAGCGACCGCAACUAGUGCCCAUGUCGACGUUGCCGCGCAGGCUGCCCUCGUCCAUUGGAGAGACGUCGCUUUACGCCCAGGUGCAAGGCAAGUCAAUUUACAUACCGCCACCUCAUCCAUACUUAACGACCGUCAGAUCAGCCUCAGUUGACGAAACGACCGCUGAGACGCCUCUUAUUGGUUGCGACAAUAAGAUAACAACAAUCACCGAGGCAGCCAAGUCAUGGCGCAAUGAUCCAUCCAACGGUACGACGACGUCGACGACAACCACAUGACUUACAGAGGAUUCCGAGGGUCACAUCGUUUCCGAGACACUCAACACUGUUCUCUAAAAUAAUAUGCAAACGAAAAAUAAGCAUCACUUGGCUGUAAGCAUGUAAAUUAUUAUACAUAUUAACAGAUAGA